AAAACCUUAGUAUUUAGUAUAGGUAUUCUAUAAGAUUAAUUGAUUCUAAUAAUUGCUAUGGGUUCUGAACGUGAUGAUACUAAUUGUUCUUCGAGUGACAACAGUGUUUUGCUUUCGUCCAAUUUGACAUUGUCUUCUAGUUUGACAUCGAUAAUCACAAGAGGUUCAAUUGAAAUAAGUUUUUUUACUGUAAUAGAUCCUACAAUUACUAGCACUACAGAAAUAGAAGAAAUAGUGAAUAUUUGGGUGAGCAAAUUUAAAGAAAAUCCUAGAAGUGGUACAAUUAAGUUAUUUGCUGUUAUAAUUAAUUGUUUUGAUGUUGAUGUUUGUGAAGAUGCAUUCAAUAACUUUAAUUCUGUUUUAAUCUUUGCAAGAAUUAAUAAAUGUUUUGAAACAUUGGCGAAAAGUGGUUCAUUGAUUUCACCUGAAAAAGUUAAAAAAUCAAUAGAUGUUCAAAAAUCACUGGAACUUUUUACUGCAAUUUUUCAUUAUCAUAGUAACUUAUUUUUUGAAAAUGAUGCAAAUAAAAGUUAUUUCAUAUUCCUGAGGGAUAUUCUUACUAAAAUAUCACAAUCUGAUUUUAUUGGGCCUAGACUUCUAGCUACAAGUUUUGGUUUAAAAAUAGUAACUGGUUUAGUACAGUCCAAUAAUGUAGAACUUGUAAAGAAUGAUCUCGAUAUAUUAUUUACAGAAUUUUUAAUAAAACGAUGGAAAGAUACUAUUAGUAUUAUACGAGAAAAAGUAUUACUAGAACUCACAUUUUGGAUUAAUAUUGAUUCUAUUUAUUUUAUUAAUGAUUUUUGGAUGUAUAUCUAUUGGGCAUUAGUAGAUCAAAGCAUAAGUGUACAAACUAUAGCUCUUAAAGUUUCUAAUGACAUAUUAAAUAUGUAUAGCGAUAUUCCAAAAGUGAAGAUGUUGAUAAAAAAAAUAGUUUCUGUUUUAGCUAAUUUACUUUUAUCAAAUAAUGAUGGAGUGGUAAUUUCAGCAUUAAAUUUAUAUUCCAUAUUGCCAAGUAUUGAUGAAGAAGAUCACAUGAAUAAAGUUGAUUCAAUAGCAUUAGAAUUAAUUUUUUCUGAAAAAUCCAAAAUUGCCCGAAUUGCAGCAAAACAUUUUAUGAAACAAAUGGUCAAUUCUCAACCAAAUGUAUUUGAUCAAUUGAAAGUUCUAUUAGUUAUUUUAGAAGGGAUUCCAUUACCGAUUAAAGUGAUUGCAACCUCCUUUUUUGUCGACGCUAUUUAUGAUUUAUGCCCUGUACUGACUGACUUUAAAUUGAUAUCUCAAUUAUUAACCUUCAACGAUCUCGAGGAUACAGAAAAACACAAUUUUUUAAUUUUAUUUAUGUAUGUUGUUAAAUGGUUAAUUACUGGUGUUAAACCAGAACAGAAAAUUGCUUUUAUGGGAGACCAAAAUGAUAUUAUUCAGUUGCAUAUUAAUAAAAUUAAAAAGAUGGAGUAUACUUCUUAUAUGGUGAUGUAUUUAUUAAAUCAAUUUGAAGAAUGUAAUACACCUAUACAUGUGUUUUCACUAUGGAUUUUACUUCAUUUUAUCGAUUUUAAAUUACUCCAAGAUAAUAAGAUAAUAUCCGAUAUAUUAUAUCAAGGAUCUUUAUUUUAUCACACUUGGAAUAUCCCUACUAUUUUAGAAAUGAUUUCAAAAUGUAUUAAUAUUAUGACAUCAAAUCUAGAAGGUUCAGAUCAAAGCUUGUGUUUGAAAUGUAUUAAAGAUAUAGCACAAGUGAAUAUUAAUAUUUUAAAAGCUGAAAUUGAAAAUCCUACUAAAAAUACAUCAAAUAUAUUGAGUCAAAAAAAUGCUUUGAUUAAAAUAUGGUCUCUUUCAAAAUAUAACUUGAUACCUGAAGACUUGGAACCGUUAAAAUAUUUAUCUUAUUAUGUAACCAACUUAAACAAUAACUCUCCAACCAAUUUAAUUGCUUCUGAAUUUGCUUUAAGUGCUUUCAUGGAAGUAUUCAGACGAACAAUAUUAAAAGUACCAACAAAUUUAAAAAAUUACUUUUGUAUUGAACGGUCUGAAAAUAUUGUGGAAAAUACAUAUAAUACUUUUUUAAAUGCCAUGUUAACUACAUCAAGUAAAUAUGACCCUCAAAUGAUAAACAUCUGUGAGACCGCAUUUUUAAUUGUUAAUGACUUAUUAAGAAUUAGAUUUAACUUAGAUGAAACAAAUUAUAUACUUGAUGAUGACCAAAAUCUAAAACUAAAUGAGUUUAUUUUUUCUUUAUGCAAUAACUGUGAAUACAAUGACGAUUUAAAUACUCUAAGACUUGUAGAGGUAUUUAUACAACUUAUACAAGAUGGUCUUAUAGAAAUGAAUCAUUUAAUUACACUAUUACAAUUUGUAAAAAAGGAAUUGAUUGAACAUGCACUUGGACCAGUUUUUAACUUCUUCUGCAAAAAAGAAACAGGGGAUCAACUAAGUGAUGUAAUUAAUUUAUACUUGGUGUACAUGUAUGAAAAUAUUAUUUCUCAAAAUUCAGGUUUCAAAAAUUACACACUAAAAGAUUUAACUAAUGUGGCCACUAUAAUUACACGCAUCUUAUGUCAAUGUAUGGAUCAAAUAGGAAAACGAUUAGUAUCAACAAAUAUUCAUCGACAUGGUAUCCAAUAUGCAAUGAAUGAUUCAUUAAGUAAUCCUUACAGUGAAUAUCCAUUUAAACAAUUUUUUUGGAUUCUUAUAUCUAUGUGUGAUACCUUAAUCCCAUAUGAUGCUCAACGUUUAGCUAGUGAUUUUAUUAGUAAACCUGCUACACAAGAAUUAAUUAAUGCUGACAAUGAAUAUGUACUUGGAUAUUUGUAUAAAUUAUUAGAAUUAUAUGAUACUCAAGAAUGAUAAUUUGUUGAAUAUUUGAAACAAUAAAAUUACUAGCACCAGACAACGACCAUAUCAACAAAUAUUAGAAAUAUGGAACUAUAUUUAAUGAUCAAAAAAUUUUUCUUUUAAGUAUACAUUUUGUCUGUUCAAUAUUAUAAAUAUUUCAUUAAUUUUAGUUAGUUAUCAAAAUUAAUUAAAUGUGUGCUUUAAUUUAUUACUUAUUAGAUAACAAUUUUUUAUGGACCUUAUUUUUCCAAAACCUAUAAAAUAUUUAUAUCAAAAAUCUUUUUCAUUAAUUUUGUGAUUUUUAAGUAGUUUUAUUAAUUUUAUUUUAUUUUUUUGU